GAUGUGUUCUCAACAAAUGUUCGCUAUAACGCUGAUCUAACGAGAACGACAUUCCCGAACACUAUUGACGCAUAUGAAAUAGGGCAAAAUAUUGGCUAUGGCUGUAACGCUGCUGUUUACGCUUUGAAGGUCCGUGAUGGUAGAGAACCAAGUACUUCAUCUAAUCUAGGUAGCAUUCAGAACCGCAAUUUCCCUGAAGACGAUUCUCAUUCAGUACAGAAAUAUCCACUUGCUCUGAAAUUGAUGUAUAAUUUCGCCUUGGAUUUGUGCCCUCGACUAGGCGACAACUACCUAUGGCGCUCUAUGGGUGCUGAACUUGUACCAUUACCAGAAAGUACCAUUAUCCUGAACGGAAGGAUGGGCAGGUACAAGCCCUUACCUGCUUUUCACCCAAAUGUUGUACGAGUACUUACUGCAUUCGUCGACCGUAUGCCGAUUUUGGAAGAUGCUAAAUUGGUAUAUCCUGACGCACUUCCAUCCGCUCCGUUCUAUGAGAUGAUCAUUAAUGAACCUAGGACGAUGUUCGUCGUGAUGAAGAGGUAUCGCAUGACAUUGCGAGAAUAUGUGAAGGAUUUUCGCAGAAAACGUAGUUACCACGUAGCUCGUGUUUUGUUCGGCCAACUGUUGGAAGGAUGCGUGUUUCUCUACGAAAAUACCGUUUCGCAACGAGAUAUGAAGAGUGACAAUAUAUUACUAGAAUUCAAUUGUCCGGACGAAGUGUCCUACACCUGCUGUGUUAUUUUCCCGACUUUCGGCUUGUGUGCUUUAGCAACUGGUAGUUGGACUGUGAAGUACGCAGAUGACACUAUCGAUCUCGGAGGAAACAGGAAAACGAGGGCGCCUGAGAUUGUCAAUGCAAAACCGGGUCCUGAUAGUGUUGUUGAUUUCCGCAUGGCUGAUUCAUGGGCUGCUGGAACUCUUGCCUAUGAGAUAUUCACUAGAGUGAACCCUUUUUACUCUCGUUUGGACAGUGCCACCUACAAAGAAGAACACCUUCCGAAUUUGUCCCCUUUCAUUUCAAAACCAAUUCGUGACAUUGUUCACCACCUUUUGCGAAGAAAUCCCCAAGAGGUAAGAACAGAUGCUUUGCAGUACGUGCAACAAAGGUCCCCAUUUCAGUAG